AGCCGAUGAGGGGACAGCAGGAGUUUCAAGAUGCCUUUUCAACUACGCUAGAAAAUGGUGAGAAAAACUGAGCUCCUGUACAAGAUAGAUAUUUUCCAACUUCGAAUAACAUAUUCUGAGAAAAUAUUUAUUCCCCGGACAAAGAAAAACCAUCCUGUCUUUUCACGGGCACAACUGGUGCAGGAAAGCAUCUGUGGCAAUGAUAAGAAAGCAGUGUACCAGCAUAUUGUCAAGUCGGAUUUUGACAUCAAUGCCAUCGGUUGGCAAGCAUCGUCUGAUGACUCUUUCGACACGGCUUCUUCAAAUAAUUUAAACAUUGCAUCUCAAAGUGAAAAUCAGCCCAUUGAGGCCAUACAAGAUGGUUCUAGCGUGCUUCACCUUGCAUGCCAAACUAGUGACGUUGGCAUGGUGGAGCAGCUCCUACAACAUGGGGCAAAUAUAAAUGCUUGUGAUUCUAGAGGUCGGGCACCACUACAUACAUUAUUGUAUUACUAAAGGGAAGACCGCAGCUGCAAAAGUGCUUAUCAUGAGGGGAGACAAUACAUAUGUCACAGAUAAAGAAGGCAAAAUUCCUGUUAAGCUUGCAUCAGAAUCUGGCUGUGUUGAUAAUGAAAUUAUCGCUCUCUUGACAAGCAGAUGACAUGCUUAAAAUUUUACUAUAAGCAGUCAUUAAAUGCAUGUUUGAUAUAGAAAAUCCCUUGUUUGUGACUUCUCGAGAAGAUUAAGAUUGAGGACCAACUAGCCAUGCAUACGAGCACAAAGGGGCCUGGAGCAAGUGGUUUAGUUUUGUUGGGCCAUGUUAUAUAGUAAUUAUCUUCUUAAAUUGAAGGAUGUGAUGGGCUGAUUGUGGGGUUUCACGUCCAUUCCAAUUUUCAACUUUUCAGCCUCCAUUCUCAUUAAAUUUUUGGGACUGAGAUCAUUGUCAUGUAUUCCAAGGACUAUAUAUAUAUAAGUUACUUAAAUGAUUA